AUGGCAACAACCAAUCAGUUUAUGGAAGCAAACAACCAGUUUAUGCGAAAGACAGAUGCAACUCUUCCAGACCAAAGUGCAGCAAUAAAAAAUUUGGAGACACAAAUGGGACAGAUGGCAAUCUCCAUGACAGGAAGAGCACCAGAAAACUUACCCAGAAACACUGAAAUCAACCCUAAGGAGCAAGCCAAGGCCAUUACAACUCGAAAUAGAGUACAAUUGCCUGAAAUCCAUGUCAAGAGAUCGGGUGUGAUUGGAGAGACAUUUUUCCCUGUUGAAGAUGAGACUGUUGUAAAGGAAUCAACUCCAAAGGAAAAUUCAGAAAAGUCACAAGAUAAGGUCAAAGUCACAGUCAUCCCAUACGAGCCUCCGAUUCCCUUUCCACAGCGAUGCCUAGCUACACGAAGUUUCUCAAAGAUAUUAUAUCAAACAAACGCAGACUGGAGGACCAUGAGACAAGCAUUGUGUGAUCUCGGUGCGAGUAUUAACUUGAUGCCACUCUCUAUUUUCAAGAAACUAGGAUUGGGAGAGCCUAAGGCAACCACAGUAACUCUACAGCUAGCUGAUCGAUCACUUACACAUCUACGAGGGAUUAUUGAAGAUGCAUUAGUUAAAGUGGAUAAACUCAUAUUCCCAACAGACUUCUUGAUUUUGGAUAUGGAAGAAGACAAGGACGUUCCUAUCAUAUUGGGACGACCAUUUUUGGCUACUGCAAGAGCCCUCAUAGAUGUGCAGCAAGGACAAUUAACUCUGAAGUUGGGGAAGGAACAAGUCUCUUUUAAUAUUUUCAAGACAAUGAAAUACCCCAACGAGCCUGAAAGCUAUUUCCAAAUUGAAGUACUUGACAUAGAAAUCCUCUAUAAUUUUGAGUUGAAGAAACAGCCAAACAUUCAUGAGACCUGUAUAGUACACUCUCCAUUCGUUCUUAUCGAUUCAAAGAAGAUUAAGGCAUUCAAUGUGGAAUUUCAUACGGGUGAGGAGAGAAUGACAAAUCACUUGGAGAAAGACAGGGAUGAAAUUCGGAGGAUAACUGCAGUGCGGAACAAGACCAUAAUGAACAAACUAUGUAGGACCUUUCAAGCUAUAUUUAACGUGCCAUAA